AUGCGAACAACUAUUCAAUUGUUCGAAAAAGCAGCUGCUCAGAGUCAUACAAUAUCAGACAAAUCACCCAUUCCGAAUGUCGGUGUAGCAGAAGCUGAACAUUCUCUGGGAUUAUGUUAUGAAACAGGUGUCGGUGUCGAAAUAAAUUACAAAAAAGCAGCUGAGUGGUAUCAACGUGCAUCAGAUCAUGGUAGUGCACCUGCUGCCAAUAAUUUAGGACUCAUGUAUGGUGCUGGCAAAGGUGUCAAUAAAGAUUUGAUUAAAUCAGAGCAGUUACUUCACUUAUCUGCUACACGUGGCGAUCGAAAUGCGCCAAUGAAUUUAGCUCUAGCGCUCUUCAAAAAACAAGACUAUCAAGCGGCAGAAGAAUGGUGUAAACGUGCUAGUGAAAACAACAAUAUGCUGGACAAAAACCGUCUGAAAAUGAUUCAAGAUGCAGCCGAACAAGAGCGCCAAAGGUUUAAGGAUGCAGGUGUUGAAACAUGGGAAAAACAGAAUGGUUUUAAUAUUAAUAAUUUGACUUAUACUGAGCGUAUUAAACGUAAAAGACUCGCUGAAAAUCCAUCGUCUGACAAAGCAUUUAGUGCCGCAGAAGAUCUCACUAAAGUGUUCCAGUCAUUAAAACCUGUACCACAACCAUUUGGUGGUAAAUCGCGAAUGUAUGAUCGUACAAUGCUUCAAGAAUAUUCACAGAAAGGAUAUAUUUUUGCUCAAAAACUAUUAGAAGCGCAAACUUAUUUCCUCAAAUCGGUACAAACUUUAUUGAAUGAGUUUAUUAACGUCAAUGAUAAGGACGUUCAAUUUAUAAUAGAACUGUCUGCAGCUAUUAGAAUACAAAAUAUUGUUAUUCAACUGCCAGAGGAUCUGCAUAAUGAAGCAAAGCUUAUUGCUGAUCGUGUUCUAGCUCGAUGCGAUUCAAAGGAAUCACUAUUAGAUGAAGAUGCUCGUGUCUGUUAUGGAUAUUUGCAUAUGAAUUCAUUACAAUCUACUAUCGAAUUUUUGACAGUUUGUAUUCGAAUGUAUUCGAAGUCAGACUUCUUCUUAGAACUCCGCGGUUGUCUGUAUGGUUUUCUUGGAAAAUACGACGAAGGUUUGGCAGAUUUCAACGCCGCACUUCAACUAGUUCCCGAUGCUGUAGAGUUAUUGUAUGAUCGUGCUGCUUAUUUGAGACUCAUUAAACAUAUUGAUUUGAAUGGGGCGAUAGAGGCAUACGAUACAUUUCUGAAAAGCGCACCACUCGAUCAUCGCAAGAGACCUGAAGCAUACUAUGCAGUUGCGUCUUGUUAUUUUGUGAAUACUACAAUACCUAAUCACGUUGAAAUUGCAGAAAAAUAUUACGAAAAAGGCAUUGAAGCUGAAAAACAGCAGCUACCCUGCUUCUUACCCUACGAAUCGAACAAUAAAUCAUUAGUAUCAAUGUUCUUUUCACUCAAAUCGAUGAAGUCUAAUAGAGCAUCGACUGAAUCAGUAAUCGACACGGGAAAACCCAAAUCACGUCUUACUGAUUCUCGACGCCUUGAUAUGAUUCAGUUUCAUCGAAAUUCUAUUGCUGAAAAACGUAGGCUUCCACCAAACAUGAAUUUCGUAACCUCAACAAUUAAAGCUCGUCUGCAUCAAAAGUCACCUAUGUCAUUGAUUGGAUUGAAAGGAAUUACUCUGCGCGAUAUGAAUCCAAUGAAAGACCAUAUUUAUCAAGGAUGUGUCUUAUCGGGAGUGAUUUUCGAACAAUCGCCAGUGGUUGAACCAUCUAUAUGGUUACUAUUUGAAGAUGACAAUGGUGAUCUAGAACGACUCUUUUUGUACAAUAUUCCAGCGUCUGAAGGUUGGCAAUUAAUAAAAGACACAUAUGUUUACGGCACAAAAAUAAGUAUUUUAAAUCCAUAUAUGCGCAUGGCGGCUGAUGGGAAGCCGGCUAUUCGUGUGGAUGAUGCUUCGUCAAUUAUUUUACACGGAGGUACUCACAAUGUGAAAGAUAUGUGUCGAUAUUGUACUAAAGCAAAUGCAGCACGUGUUUGUGGAAAAUGCAAAUCAGCUCACUAUUGUUCAAAAGAAUGUCAAACAAUUGAUUGGAAGCAAUGUGGUCAUAAAUUAGUUUGUGACUGA